AUGAGUUCCAAGACACAUAGUUCCAAGAAUAACGGGAGUUCCAGCGAUAAGAACACCAGAAUCGCCAUCAUCAAUGACGACAGAUGCAAGCCCAAGAAGUGUAGACAAGAAUGUCGUAAGGGGUGUCCCGUUGUCAAGACCGGGAAGUUGUGUAUUGAAGUGACUCCAGCGUCUAAGCUUGCCUUUAUAUCCGAAACAUUAUGUAUUGGUUGUGGUAUCUGUGUUAAAAAGUGUCCCUUUGAUGCCAUUACCAUCAUCAAUUUGCCUACCAAUUUGGAGAAUGAAACCACCCAUAGAUAUUCCGCCAACUCCUUCAAGUUGCACAGAUUGCCCACUCCUAGACCCGGCCAAGUGCUUGGGUUGGUGGGUACCAACGGUAUUGGUAAAUCUACUGCGUUGAAGAUCUUGGCAGGUAAACAAAAGCCUAACUUGGGUAGGUACGAUGAUCCUCCAGAUUGGGAAGAGAUCUUGAAGUACUUUAGAGGUUCGGAAUUACAAAACUACUUCACCAAAGUGUUGGAGGACGACAUUAAGGCCAUUAUCAAACCUCAGUAUGUGGACAACAUUCCUAGAGCCUUGGCCAAAUCUCCUGUGAAGCAAGUGGGUAAGGUUUUAAAGGCUAAGUUGGGUAGAAAGGACCAAUGGGAUUACAUUAUCAAUAUUUUGGAAUUGACGCAUGUUAUGGAUAGAGACAUUGAAAACUUGUCUGGUGGUGAAUUACAAAGAUUUGCCUUGGGUAUGACUUGUGUUCAAGAUGCCAAUGUGUAUAUGUUUGAUGAGCCUUCUUCCUAUUUGGAUGUCAAGCAAAGAUUGAGAGCCGCUGAAAUCAUUAGAUCUUUAUUGGACGUUUCUACCUAUGUUAUUUGUGUGGAGCACGAUUUGUCUGUCCUAGAUUAUUUGUCUGAUUUUGUCUGUAUCUUAUACGGUGUCCCCUCAGUAUAUGGUGUGGUCACUUUACCCUCAUCUGUCAGGGAAGGUAUCAAUAUCUUCUUGGACGGGUUCAUUCCAACUGAAAAUAUGAGAUUCAGAACCGAAUCCUUGCAAUUCAGAUUGGCCGAUACCGCCGAGGGUUUGAUCUUGGAUCACACUGCUGAAUUCGAAUAUCCAAACAUGACAAAGACUCAAGGUGAUUUCCGCUUACGGGUCGAGAAGGGUGAUUUCACCUCUUCAGAAAUCUUGGUCAUGAUGGGUGAAAACGGUACUGGUAAAACCACCUUCUGUAAGUUAUUGGCUGGUGCCAUUGCUCCUGAUAACGGCUUGGAGAUUCCCAAGAUGAAUGUCUCCAUGAAACCUCAAAAGAUUGCUCCUAAAUUCCCUGGUACUGUCAGACAAUUGUUCUUCAAGAAGAUUAGAGGUUCUUUCUUGCAUCCACAAUUCCAAACCGAUGUGGUCAAACCUUUGAAGAUCGACAGUAUCAUUGAUCAAGAAGUCCAACAUUUGUCUGGUGGUGAAUUACAAAGAGUUGCCAUUGUGUUGGCCUUGGGUAUACCUGCCGAUAUCUAUUUGAUCGAUGAGCCUUCUGCUUAUUUGGAUUCAGAACAACGUAUUAUCUGUGCUAAGGUUAUUAGAAGAUUUAUAUUGCAUGCUAAGAAGACAGCUUUCAUUGUGGAGCACGAUUUCAUCAUGGCAACUUAUUUGGCCGAUAGAGUGAUUGUUUUCGAGGGUCAGCCUUCAAAGGACGCAGUUGCUACUGCCCCACAAUCAUUAUUGACUGGUUGUAACCAAUUUUUGAAGAACUUGAAUGUUACUUUUAGAAGAGAUCCAAACUCUUACAGACCAAGAAUCAACAAGUUGGAUUCUCAAAUGGAUAAAGAGCAAAAGGCUUCUGGUAACUAUUUCUUUAUUGAGAACACGGAGUUAUAG